UAAGCGUCCUCGCUGUUACAUCAAACCGCUCUCCAUCCGUCGCCCUUCGUACCCCGUGUCGGAGCUGCUGUCGGAAGCGAUCAUGCUGGCCGCUCUGUCCUCCCUCAGCCUCCUGGCUGCACAGGCGCAGCCGCUGAUGCGAGCUGUCCUGGCCGCGGCAGCAGUGCACGCCGCAUGCCAUGCUCCCGCCGCCGCAUCUGCCGCUCAGUGCUUUCACCAGACUCAGCAGGCACGCUCCUGCAUGACGCACCACAAGCUAUGGACGGCAGUGGACAUGGCGGGCGCAGACCCCGCCGUGCGCGCUCCCUGCUCCGCCGUCACGAUGGCCCGCUCCCAGCUCCCGGUGGUUCGCAGCGAGGACAGCAAGGCCAGCUGCGGCGAGCUGCCGCACAGCCCCUACCGCAGCAUCUUUGGCGGGCUGUGGCAGCAUGGCGAGCCACACAACAUUGUGUUUAGCGACGAGCACGGGUCGGUCACGAAUGAGGUAGAGAAGCUGCUGCUGGUGGCGGACGAGCUUGGAGGGUCUGAGGGAGUGUUCAAAGUGGUGGAGAGCUUUGGGGAGGGCCCGGAGUGGAGCGCCAUGAAUGUGUCCACCGCCCUCCGCUGCCUGGCCCGCGGGGCAGCCCACAUGAGCAGCGCCGCCAUCCAGCGAGAGAUCCUGCACCACCCUAUCUUUGAGCGGCUGGUGGAUGGAGCCAACCGCAAGGCCAUCAGUAUGACUGACACCGAGCUGGGAGAGGUGGCGCGAGCCUGUGCAGCCCUCCGGUGCAGCGGCAGCGCCCUCGCUCAGCGAGUGUGCUAG